ACCACUGUGCCCAGCCCAGGUGAAUUAAUUUAUACUCCUCCUAAGAUCCUUCUCAUCACUAAGAUUCCUUUAUUUUAUGACAAAAUCAUAGUUCUAGAAGCUUGUUUCUCCCACCUGAAAAGACUGGAUUUGGGACAUGAUCCUGUAGAACUUCAGAGCCGCCCACGGACGCCCGCGCCGGGAACGCGGACGGCACCUAGCGGCGGACAGACGACCUGCUCCGGGGCGCGCCUGCACCACCAGUCCCUGGGUCAUACACAGAAGAGACUCCAGUCAACAAGAAGCUGGAAAGAAUGAUGUUGUCCUUAAACAACCUACAGAAUAUCAUCUAUAACCCGGUAAUCCCCUAUGUUGGCACCAUUCCUGAUCAGUUGGAUCCUGGAACUUUGAUUGUAAUACGUGGGCACGUUCCUAGUGAUGCAGACAGAUUCCAGGUGGACCUGCAGUAUGGCAGCAGCGUGAAACCUCGAGCCGAUGUGGCCUUUCAUUUCAAUCCUCGUUUCAAAAGGGCCGGCUGCAUUGUUUGCAAUACUUUGAUAAAUGAAAAAUGGGGAUGGGAAGAGAUCACCUAUGACACGCCUUUCAAAAGAGAAAAGUCUUUUGAGAUCGUGAUUAUGGUGCUGAAGGACAAAUUCCAGGUGGCUGUAAAUGGAAAACAUACUCUGCUUUAUGCCCACAGGAUUGGCCCAGAGAAAAUAGACACUCUGGGCAUUUAUGGCAAAGUGAAUAUUCACUCAAUUGGUUUUAGCUUCAGCUCGGAUUUACAAAGUACCCAAGCGUCUAGUCUGGAACUGACAGAGAUAAGUAGAGAAAAUGUACCAAGGUCUGGCAUGCCCCAGUAUCCUAGUAAUAGAGAAGGAGACAUUUCUAAAAUCGCACCCAGAACUGUCUACACCAAGAGCAAAGAUUCGACUGUCAAUCACACUUUGACUUGCACCAAAAUACCACCUAUGAACUAUUUGUCAAAGAGCCUGCCAUUCACCGCAAGGUUGAACACCCCCAUGGGCCCUGGAAGAACUGUCGUCGUUAAGGGAGAAGUGAAUACCAAUGCCAAAGGCUUUAACGUUGACCUACUAGCAGGAAAAUCAAAGGAUAUUGCUCUACACUUGAACCCACGCCUGAAUAUUAAAGCAUUUGUAAGAAAUUCUUUUCUUCAGGAGUCCUGGGGAGAAGAAGAGAGAAAUAUAACCAGUUUCCCAUUUAGUCCUGGGAUGUACUUUGAGAUGAUAAUUUAUUGUGAUGUUAAAGAAUUCAAGGUUGCAGUAAAUGGUGCACACAGCCUGGAGUACAAACACAGAUUUAAAGAGCUUAGCAGUAUUGACACGCUGGAGAUUAAUGGAGACAUCCACUUACUGGAAGUAAGGAGCUGGUAGCCUACCUACACGAAAUACAGAAUGCUACAAAAACCGAAAUACAGAAUGGCUUCUGUGAUACUGCUCUUGUCGAAAUGCAUCUCAUGUCACUCUAUUGUUUAUAUUGUUAAAAUGAGCUUGUGUACCGUUAGGUCCUGCUGGGUGUUCUCAGUCCUUGCCAUGAAGUAUGGCAGUGUCUUGCACUGAAUAGGGAAAUUGGGGGCAGUAGCAUUUACAGCUAGUUCAAGCCACCCUUCCCUCUCUCCUACUUUGACUCCAAGAAUCACAUUCAACAAGUAUUUAUGGAGUACCGACUAUAAUACAGUAGCUAACAUGUAUUGAGCACAGAUUUGUUGGUUAAAACUGUGCAAGGAGAUGGGAUAUAUAAUUGGUGGUGAAACAAACCAGUAUGUUCCCUGUUGUCCUGAGCUUCGACUCUCCCGUGCUUUAGCGCUGUGUACUGCUUCUGCAGGCAUUGCAUCACCUCCUAAGGACCCCUCUGGGAUUAGUGAUGCAGCUGUUAAAUCACCCGAAGACACUAAUUUAUAGAAGACACUACCCCUUCCCCAGUGAUCACUCAUAACCAGUGCUCCCACGUAUCCCAUAACUGAGAGGACUGAUGUUGACUUACAUCAAUUCGUUUUCUUUAGCAUAAUAAACAUAUAGCUCUGUUAGCUGCAAGCUUUACCAAAUAAUAACAUAACAUCUGAACACAGCACAGAAAUUAAAGCAAAAACAAAAAACAAAAAAAAAAAAAAUCCAAAGCAAAACAAAAAAAAAAUGGUGCUGAAAUUAACCAUUGAUGUCAAGCCCAAGGCAGCUGAUUUCUGUGCAUCUGAACUUAGGGUAAAUCAGAGUCUACACAGACUCCUACAGAAAGUUUAAGGAAGAGGCAAGAUGCAUUCAAUUUGAUAGUCAUGGGUAGUGAAGUAAGGUCAGGAUCAGACUUCAGGGAUUCAUAAGGCAGGCACUAGCGAAAGUGUACACCAAGAGACCCACAAAGCAGGCAGAGGUAAUACAAAAAUCUGUUUUGUUCCCACGUAAAUAACCAUUCAGGGCCUCCGUUCUUCUAAAGAUUAGUCCAUCAUUAGCACCUGAGAUCAAGGUACUCUAAAUUGUUGCAUUUCUGUAAUUUUUCUACUAUUUGAGGGGAGUUGGCAGAAGUUCCAUGUAUACGGGAUCUUUACAGGUCAGAUCUUGUUACAGGAAAUUUCAAAGGUUUGGAAGUGGGGAGGGAAAAAAGCUCCGUCCGUGAGGAUCAUUUUAUCACAUUAAACUGUGGGGCAGAACUCUGCCAGGACUUAGGAAUCUUUUCAGAACAGAUUUUAGUUAGAUAUUAUUUCUAUCCAAAUAUUGAAAAGAAUACCAUCAUCCAUCUUAUUUUUAAAAAAGGACUCGGUGUAGAAAAUGCUAGCCCUUAGUUCUUUUCCAGCUUUUCAUGCUAUUUCUGCAGAGUCUCACCAAGCUCAGAGACACUGGGUAGGGGCGGAGGGUGCCACAGGGAAAGCUGUAGAAGGCAGGAAGGCUCCAGAGUCCCCCGGGAGUUCUUUUUCUUCGUAAAGAACAUCAGAGUGCUUAACUGAGCUGCUGGAGACCGUGAGGCAUUUAGGAAAAAACCAGCCCACUCACAUCAUUCCCUGUAAGUCUUAAGUUCAUUUUUAUUUUAUGUGGAGUAAAAAAAUUUAAAAUUUAUUUUAUUUAUUAAUGCACUUUAAUGAGACAUUUCUUAGAAAUAUGUACUUCUGUACUAGAAAGCUCUAUCCCUAAACUGUAAGUUAGCCUUUUGCGUGUCACAAUUCUGCAUUAAACUUCUAUAUUAGUUCCAAAGGCUUUUAAACUCAAUGCAAACAUUCUACGGGAUUGUUCUUAGAUGCUGUUAAAAAAAGGGGAAGAUCUAAUUGUAUCUGAGCCCUCACCUUCCAACUUUACCAUGACCCAGUACUAGAUACUAGGGCACUUCAAAGCGUUACAAAAAAUCUAGUGAUACUUUCUUAGACAAGUAAUUCUUAGUUAACCACCAAUGGAAUGGGACCAUUCUGAAUCCUGGAGGAGCUUCCUUGUGCCACCUAGUGUUUCUGGGCCCUCUGUCUGUGUGAGCAGCCAAGGGUGAGCUGUUUUGGAAGCAGCAUAUUGCCUCCAUCUCCCGUUUUCUCAAAGAGUAAAAGAUAAAGGUGACAAUCACACUCCUGGGUUAAAAAGCAUUCCAGAACCACUUCUCCAUAGGCACACGCAAAGAAAUUAAGGCUGAAGUUGGCCUACCCAAAAUGAAAAGUAGGCUUUACAGUGAAAAGUAUUUGUUGAUUGCUAAAUUACCGUUAUUUUCUGCAAGCAGAGAGCGAGUCUUGAGUGAAAUCUGCAACACAGAUACCAUGUAUGUAAGACACUGCUAUACAGAAGAGUUAAGGCUUACAGUGCAAAUGAGGCGUCAGCUUUGGCUACUAAAAGUAAACAGGUCUAAUAUUAUUAACAUCAAUCAGGAAGAGAAUAAAUGUUAACCAAACACAGCAGUCUGUAUAAAAAGACCAUGUAUCAUUUACUCUUUCUGCAGCUCUGUACAGUUGGCAGGAGAGGCUUAUGUGGUGGCAAAACCAGGUGGGAAUUUUGUAAAGAUACAAUAAAAUAUUUGUAAGUAGUCCAAGUAGGUGUUUUAAGGCACCAAAAGUAAUAGGGCACCCCAACACCCAAAAAUAAAAAUAUGAAAAAUAAAUCUGAACUCUGAGUAGAGUAUGAAACACCAGUCUUAAAAGUAGCUCUGGAGCGGCUCCCCCAGCACAGUUUCCAGCUGUUGAAUAGUCUUUUGGCACUGAUGUUCUACUUCUUCACAUUCAUCUAAAAAAAAAUCAAAAUGAAAAUCGGAGUCAGUUCACCUGCCUCAUUUCUCAUUAGCUUAAUUCUUAAUGUCUGGCAUUCUCCGGCAAUCAUUCAAACAACAGAGUGAGAUGAGGAACAUUAACAAAGCAGGAAGCGCCACAGACCACCUCCCUCUGCAGCGUUCCUUCCGCCUCCAUGCCAUUCUCAGAGGCUUGCACUGGAAGCUGAAUCAGAACCCCGAAAACUCACACUUCCUAGGGAUACCACCCCUUUAGCAGCUCACACUUCCCCCUCCAGGAGCUAAGAAACAAAGGAGAAUGCACUUUUUUGGCUUAGCUAAGCGACGAAUCGGUAAAGCACUGAUCUGCUUGCUCCACACCCCUCCCACGUUCUUUCCUGGGCCUAAGACUACGCUCCAGAACCGUCACAGCUCCCCAUGUCACACUCACUAGCUUGUCAUCUUUGUCAAAUCAUUGAAACCUUUUAAGCUUCUAGUUUAUUCCUUUGUAAAACAGACAGAAUGUUGUGAUUUUUAAGUGAAAUAAUCCAUGUAAAGCACCUGUCACGGAGUAGUGAAUGAAUGUUGGUUGUUAUUAGAAGUGGAUCUCCUACUGCACCCUUCAUGCCACUAGGCAUUUCCAUACAGUAACCUCCCAUCUGGGGACCAAAACUUCAAUCAUAUCAAUGUCUGAAGUUAAUUAAAAACACUAUUGUAAUCUGCUUGUAUGAUCACAAAAAGCCACAAAAGUAAAGAAGUGAAGAUCACACUGCAAACAGACUCAAAUGAUCACGAGGUGGUCACUUCUCAACUCACUCCCUCCACCCAACUCAAAACGGGAGCUCCAGGCUGCCUGUUUCUGAGAACGGCGCCGCCUGGAGGAGGAUGGGAGCAACUGCUAGUCAAGUUAUAUCCAAAUCUGCAUUAUGACUGGGCACAUUUUCACAGAAUUUUUCUGAUUUACUCCUUAAUUGUUUAAUAGUUUGGGAAUUACCUUCCAUCAACUCUGCUAAGAAAGGAAUGGAUUCUGGCAGCAAGACAAUGUAAUUCUCCUUUAGUUUUUCAGCCAAUGCUAACACAGUAAUCAAAGCAGCAAAUCGAACCUGAAAGGGAUAAAAGAGUAAAGAAUGAGAAAGUAGUGUUAGUAUAUUUAUUAUUUUAAGAGCUGUACUGACUUGAGCUAAGCUCUAAGUUUUUAAACUAAACGUGAGUUCACAUGUGUUUAUUCCCUUCAUUAUGUUCAUUCACCUUUCAUCUUAGGAUACCAGUUUAUCUAAAUCAGUGUGUUCCAAACUGUCCCACGACUGCACAUCUUUAAUGUGAAAUGUCUUUUUAUAACCUCUUCCUUUAGAAUAAAAUAAAAUAAAACAAAAUAAAAUGCCACAGGCAAACUCAAGUGUGUCACCAAAUUUUACUUCCCUGGAGCUCGCCAGCCUGCCAAGCUGGCAAUCAAGUGCCUCCGGCCACCUCUGGCAGGUCUCCCUACCCACAGCCCCUGACUUGUCACCACUAUAGUUGUAUGAGGGGCCAGGACACUCGCUUGGGGUAAGCUCCCAUCUCAGCACUGAAUAAAACACAUUCUGUGUCACAAUAUCCUAGUUCUGGGCAUUAAAGAAGUCAGUGUUUCUCACAUGCCUUGUCUGUGAUAAGGACAGCAAGCAGUAGCUGGAUAUUGUUAGCUUUUGAAACAAAAGCCCGACCGGUCUUCCUAAUUUUGGGUAUUUUCAUUAAAGACUGUCUGGAUAGUACAAAGUGAAUUAUUCAAAAACCAUCUCUAACUACCUAGAUUCAAUCAGGAUUUCCUUGAUUUGUGUAAUCAAAGUAAAAUAUUACCAUAAAUUUGACACUGUUACUUGUAUAAAAACCUAGGGUUUAAAAUGUGGGGGUUCAUCAAAAUAGUCUCAUUGUUAGCAUAUCCUAAUAAAGAAUUUGAACUAAUAAA